CUGUGGCUGCCAUUGGGCUACAAUAGCACCGCAGCCAUGGCCAUCCGAUAUCCCAUGGCCAUGGGCCUCAACAAAAGCCACAAAGUUACCAAAAACAUUUCCAAGCCGCGACACUGCCGCUGCCGUGGGCGCUUGACCAAACAUACCAAGUUUGUGAGAGAUAUGAUCCGGGAGGUGUGUGGCUUUGGUCCUUAUGAGAAGCGGGCCAUGGAAUUGUUGAAGGUCUCCAAGGCUAAGCGAGCCCUUAAAUUCAUCAAAAAAAGGGUGGGAACUCACAUCCGUGCCAAGAGGAAGAGAGAGGAGCUCAGCAAUGUCCUAGCUGCCAUGAGGAAGGCUGCUGCCAAGAAGGACUAAACUAAACCUUUGCCCCUUUACCUAAUAAAAAACAAA